AUGGAUAAAAUAACUAUUUUUGACACUCAUUGCCACCUUGCUGACCAAAGAUAUCAAGAGCAGAAUAAGAAUACCGAAGAAAUUAUUCAAGAAGCCGAGCAAGCCGGAGUGAAGUAUAUCCUUAAUACCGGCCAAGACAUGCCAACUAAUCAAUUAUUACUCAAACAAUUAAAAAAUUUUCCUAACUUGUUUGGUUCCCUUGGCUUACACCCUAACAGUGAAGAAGAUUUAAAAGAAGAAAACUUAAAAUGGAUAGAACAACAAAGCAACGAGGAUAAAAACAAGUUUUUAGAUGCUUUUACUGAUGCUUACGAAAUAGUAAAAGAAACGGAAAUAAAAAAGGGCAUUCUUCACUGUUUUGCUGGUAAUUGGGAAGUAGCUGAAAAAUUCCUAAAUUUAGGAUUUUAUGUCUCUUUUGCCG